UUAAAUAAUUGCUGGUAAAAAUAUACCAAGCUACUUGCUUUAUAUUGUUUAACACCGUACUGUCAAGUGAUUGAUGGUAACUUUUACUAAAUAAAUUGCUUUUCACUUUUUUUUUCUUAAUUUGCAAAAGCAAAACCAAUUUUAGUUCAAUUCUUUUUCCUGUUACAAACUUUUAACGUUUUCAUAGGCGCCUUUUUAUCCUCAACUUACCAAAAUCGUCCGACCUAAAAUCCGGCAAUCGUUUUUAUGGCGACGCUUAAGCAUGUUUCAAGUUUCGGUUCCUGUUUUACGCUUACGUAUUUCUAGUCAGUUGGUCUUAGCAAUCGACGUUUUAUGGACUUUUCUAUCAGAAAUACAAAGGGCCGUUGCGACUUAUGAAGAUAAAAACAUCAAUAUAGCAAUUCGCGAAACGUUUGAUAUUGUUUGAUGAACACCACAUUGUAUUUACCUUAACUUAAUCCUCCAUUUCUUUUGGGAACCUGAAGGUUGGAUCUCUCAAGACAACUUCGAUCUACCCUCCUUAAUGUCUCGUUAUGACCAUUCAAAAGGCCAUUACAACCAUAGCCAUGGCUAUGGUCAUGGUCAUGGUCAUGGACAUGGACAUGGACAUGGACACGUUCAAAGUCAAGGUCAUGGCCAUGGUCUUGCACAUGGUCAAGGUUAUGGCCCUCAUCAUGGCCCCCAUCAUGGCCCCCACGUGGAGAUGUCUUCUCUCGGAGCGGAUUUGGCCCGUGGUUUCGAGAGACAUCGCAAAGUGCCCAGUCUCAGUUCAGUGGAUCUGGGCAACCAACUGCCAUUACUGACCGAAGUGUUCAAUAAGCAGAGAAACAGCACGUCUUCAAGAGUGAAGAUCGAGUUUUUUACAAACGAAAAAAGUUUGAAGGAGCGACUGCGACUCUACUUUAUCAAGAAUCAAAGAUCAAGUCUGAAGUUGCGGAUUGUGUACUUUUUUCUCAAACUCGUGAGUUGCAUUGUCUACCUCGUCACCAUUGCCAAUGAUGACCCCACAAAAGCCACCUGUUACGGGUGCGAGGAGAGGAACUUUGACGCUGGGAAUAUAACGGAACCCAACAGGAUGUCAUUGUUGUGGGUGAGUCGGCCUCUGACCAGUUAUAUCGUGCAGGUGCUCAUUGCUUUCAUCUGUUUCGGGGAGACCAUGCUCCUCAUCUUCCUCGAGCACAAGGGCAAUGUGUGUCAGCAGGUCAUGACCUUCAAAUUCAUGCUCGAGUUCAUCACCUCAGUGCCUUUUAUACUAUCCAUUGGCCACCCGAUGCUGAUCAAUCUGUACGUGCCUACAUUCCUCAACUGCUGGCUCGCCAAACUCUACCUAGAACGCAUGCUCAACGACUUCCAGUUGGUGAUGAUGCGCACUCAAAGCAACCUCAGCAGACAAGUGGUCAUCCUUCUCAGCUCCAUUUUCUGCAUAUUCAUCACGUGUAUGUUUGGCAUCCACUAUUUGGAGAGAGCCAACGACCAACACCAGAAGUUCUCAAUCGCCAACUCCCUCUGGUUUGUGGUCGUCACUUUCUCCACCGUCGGCUACGGAGAAUUCGUGCCCUCCUGGGUGCCUUCUAGAAUGUUCGUGGCUGUCACAAUAUGCGCCGCUCUUAUGGUCAUACCCAUACAAUUGGAGAAGAUGGCGUUCUACUGGCGGGAGAGGCAGAAGCAGGGCGGCACCUACAGCAGCCACCGGGCGGAGACUGAGAAACACGUGAUACUCUGUGCCACCUAUCUAUCCUCAGACGUGCUCAUGGAUUUUCUCAACGAGUUCUACGCGCACCCCGCACUACAGACUUACUUUGUUGUUCUUCUAUCUCCCUCGGAGCUGGAUGCCACCAUCAAGAUGAUUCUCCAGGUGCCUCUUUGGUCACAAAGAGUUAUUUACAUCCAGGGAAGUGCGCUCAAGGAUCAGGACUUAGUGAGGGCUAAAGCAGACAUGGCUCAGUGCUGUUUCAUUCUGGCAUCUAGAAACGAGGCCGACCGAAAUAAAGCAGACCAGGCGACCAUUCUUCGAACGUGGGCGGUCAAGGACUUCUCCCCCAUGUGUCCUCUAUUCGUGCAGAUACUGAGACCAGAGAACAAAUUCCACAUUAGCUUCGCAGACCACAUCGUGUGUGAAGAGGAGUUGAAGUAUGCUCUGUUGGCCAACAAUUGUGUCAUACCAGCUGUAUCUACUCUGACUACACUCCUGCUACACACACUCAAGGGCAGGCAAAAGAGUAAUUCUCGCGAAGAGUGGGAGAGGGACUACUCCCACAGCAGUGGCCAGGAGAUCUACCACAAGCGACUCAGAGGAAGUCUCUUCUUCGGGGAAUACGUAGACGCCAACUUCUCCUUUGCCGCAUUCCACGCGCACAAAAAAUACGGCAUCACCUUGAUUGGAGUGCAGCCGAAGGGAGAAGACGCCAUGUUGAAUCCAGGUCCAUCACACAUCAUGAGUGAGAGUGACAUCUGCUACUACAUCAACACCACCAAGGAGGAGCAGAGCAGUCUAGUCGCCCCCAAGAAGAAGGGCAGCAGGUGGGCAAAGGUCAGCUCACUCGGCAUGAUUGGCGGCAGGGGCAGUAGUAGGGGGGACCAGGUGCAGAUGACGGAGAAGCAGAUCAGACGGGAACUCAUCGAAGCUGCCGACCUUACAGACAGUAACAGUGACGAAGACAUCAUUUCCUUCGGAACAAAUGCUGCACUGAACACGAACCAAAUCCCGCGAUGUCGAGCAAGGGCCUCAGCUGUUGCAACACCCACCGAUAACUUCCCUAGUGGUGGCACAGGAGGGCUGCUUGUGGGAGGAGAGGUUAGCUCGCCCCAAACUGAACCCGAGGAGCACACCACAGAUCCACAUAAUCAAAAUUCAGGUUCAACUCACCCUAUUUCGGGUGUUCCGUUGCCAACAAUUCCAAACGGACGAGUGCGAGAGCCGAUCAGAGCAUCAACUAACAGUAUAACUAGUCUGACGCCUCACCAAUCGCACGGAGCAGUAGCCGGAGGAUCUACCCCUGGCCCCGAUCACAUCCCCACGGGGACGACACAGUCUCCAAUUCAGUGCACUGGAGGAGGUGCUAACCUGGCGCUUCCCCUCGGAGUGGCAAUGCGAGGUCGUCGUGCAAGUAUCAUGCCCGUGUCAGACGAGUGUCUGAGCAACAAUAUCAUCCCGGACACUGACGACGGAGAGGAGAUCCCAAUUGAGGAGUGGCAGGAGAAGUACUCGGUCAGCUGCGGAUUACAUCCCUCAAAAUACAUGAAGGGCUACCCGGCGAUCCUGCCCUACACUGGCUUCUGGUCUCCACAGGUGUACCUGAUCCCUGAUUUGAACACCCUCCAGCCCUGCUGUCUUAACAUCACCCUACCAUGUCUACACAGACCAACACAUCUCAGGAGUGCAAUGGACCACAACUUCCCCUCCAAGUUCGUGCUGAUUGCGGCCGAGUACCCCACCCUCGCCCUCUUCAACUUCGUGGUGCCUCUCCGGUCCCACUGCAGACCCAGAUAUGCUCUCAACCCAGUGGUGCUGUUGUUAGAACAAGAGCCAGACGCCCAGUUCUUGGAAGCCAUGACCUGCUACCCCAUGGUGUACUAUGCACUGGGCAACAUAGAGAGGCUGGACGAUGUGUUGAGAGCAGGGAUCUGCAGGGCCGAGGCAGUGGUCAUCGUCGGCAAGGAGUCCAGCAAGACGGCCAAGGAAGAGUACAUGGCAGACUCACAGACCAUUGUUGCAGUACAGACGCUUUGCAAGUUGUUUCCAGCUGUUUCGGUCAUAACGGAGUUAACGCAUCCCUCCAAUAUGCGCUUCAUGAGAUUUCACGCCUCAGAGAGGUUCGACAGUCUUCAUCUGACCAACAAGGAAAAGAAGACAGAAGUGCUGAAAGCGAAGAGAGAAGGAUCCACUCUGACGUCAUACCUCUAUCGGAAGCCAUUUGCUGCUGGUCACGUGUUCAGUGCGAGCAUGUUGGACACUCUGCUGUACCAGGCCUUCGUGAAGCCAUACAUCGUCGGCAUCACCAAUCUAUUCCUCGGACUCCAACAAAACGACAAGUCAGGUCAUCUCUUCAGUAUGCAAAUCACAGAAAAGGAGCUUUGGAUUCGGACUUAUGGCAGGUUGUUCCAGCGACUGUGCUCCACCACUUAUGAGAUCCCGAUUGGCAUUUACCGCUAUUGUUCCGAACAGGACGAUUUCGGAGGAGGGUCGGGAGGCAAAGGCGGCCACGUGGAGAUCACCUUCGAGAACGACUCCGACUCCGAUUUUGGAGGAUGCGACAUGGGAGGCUACCCUGGAGAGGGUGGAAUGGGCGGUGCAGGGGGAGGGGGAAGUGGUAGCUACAGUCACCAUCACUACUACCAGCACUAUGACCACAUGGAGAAGGAGAGGCUGGACGAAACUGUGCGACAGCGGAUGGAACAACUGGGCAUGAAGCCAAAAGCACUCAGUGAUUUCAUAAGUCACAACCAGAUUACGCGCGAGGACAAGAGGUCUCGCCACUCUUACGUCAUCAUCAACCCAGACUACGACUUCUCACUCAAGGUUGACGAUAUCAUAUAUCUGAUCCGUCCUCCAAAGCCAAACGCCACGCCCAUUCCUCAGAGGCGUCGUCUGCCCCCAAAGCCCAUCAACUUCAGAAGGGCAUCCAUCAGAAGGUGUAGCGUGAGUGUGUCACAUGUACCAGGAGGCAACACCCCCAAUAAGCAGAAUCAACCGAACUCCUCUCAUCAUCCACUGAAUUACACUGGAAGCAAUACUCUAGCUGGAUUUGGCGGCAGGUCACCUAGCGGAAGUGUCCGAUCGAAUAAGAAGUCAGCACCAGGUGCGUUACAUGGCUCCCAAUCGGCCGCUUCCAGCCUCGCCUCGGCUGUUUUGUCCAACCACGUUGUACCAAACGAAUCCUCGCCCCCAUCUGUUAAUAACACAUCAGAACUGCCAAACUCACUGCAGGAAGAAAACGAAACGUCUUUUGAGAGACCUGACGAUAGCUCCAACGCUCAUUCUAGCCGAUUUCAAGUCGGAGGUUCUGAACUGGAACCGAAUGAAAGUUACGAAGUUCCGACUAUCAUUGUGAGAAGCCCGAGUCCUGUUAUGCCUGAGUCAGUAUCAUAGACGAAAUUCUCCGUCUACUUUAGUAGAAACGAGUAGAAAAGAGACAAAUUUUAAUAAAUGUCCGAAAUAAAAAUACUAUUAAAUCAAAUUAUUAGAAGCCACUAAAUACGAUUCUGAAACUGACCAAAAUAUUCUUCCAGUUGUCAACUUUGGUGUAAUUUAACGGACUACAAACAAAUGAAAUUUGUCUGUUAGAGAAACUUAUUCACCCAUCUGAACUUCAUGACAUAAUCGGCGAGUUAAAACUGUGAGCCAAAUAUGUAACGAGUUUUGUGGGCGUUUAGCUGAUUGGAAAAAAAUGGAUAAAGUUAUCAAUAUCAAAUUGUCUAUUUAUGAUUAGAUAUAAAUUGUCAAAUGAAAUUAUUUUCUUUUA